AUGCUGCCGCGACACAGCCACACUGGCCACGAUGUUUUUUCCUCCAUGUACUGUGGUAGCUUUCCCGCCUGGGCUGUCUCUCGGUCGGUGCGUCGGGGGCCUCUUCAGGGACCACAGUGCCGGAGAAAAUCGUCGUCAGCGGGGUCCCUUUUUCUGUGUCUCCGUCCUUUCUUCCAGUGGACCGUAGGUAUCAGUGGAGGGAACCUAAGCGCAGGUGGCUGUGCAAACAAAUCGCUGCAGACUGCAGAGUGGCCCCCCCCCCCCCCCCGUAGCCGAAGCUUAGCACUACUAGCGGGCUCGCAGGAACCCGCAUCUCGACAACAGUUUUCCGCUCCACCCCUCCUCUGGGCUCCCUCUCCCUCUCCGUCAUCACCACCACCACUACCGCCAGGGAACCUCCCACUAACAGAGGAGACCAAAAAAAAAAAAGAUAGAGGUGGUGCAGUGCAGUGGCUGUGCCGCCCUGUGCCGUCCACUCGCACCCGCAUCCGCAAACCAGAUCCCUUCUCUGCCCCAGAUCCAACCAUACACACACUCUCUUUCGUCCAUUGA